UUGUAAACUGUGAAUUGUUUGGUGUGUACAAUUUUUGCCGAUUGGCAAUAGGGUUUAUGCGCUUUAAUAAAGAAUUUUGCAAUAUAAACAUUUACAUCAUUUAAAUUGUUUACAUUUGUGAAAUAUACAAAUUGUUUCAGUAAGUUUUUAGUUAUGGCCGAAGGAGUCACUGAAACAGAAUGUGAAGAGCGAAAAUAUUUGCGGGAAUUAAUAUUAAAUGUGCACGAACCUGUUGUUUUACGCAAUUUCAAACAUAAUUGGAAAGCAUUUGAUUGCAGCUUUCUUGAGUGGUGUCAAAAGUUUGAUGCGGCCACUGGAGGAGAUCAGCAAACAUUCAGUUGCAUGACACAUCGCGAUGCUACGCCGCAAUGGGAACGCAACUAUGAACUUAUAAAGAUCACAGCCGAAAAUUUCGCAAACACUUUUCUUACGGAACAGAAAUUUUGGGCUGCACUUAUGUACAAAAGAGCAAACGAAUUGCCAAGCGUUUGCACAGAAGGUGUCAAUUUCGAAUGCUUUGGUUUUCCAAAGUCCAGUGGCGACGUAAAUUUAUGGUUGUGUUCGCCUGGUGCAAACACACCAUGCCAUUAUGAUACUUAUGGCUGUAACAUUGUUGUACAAGUUUAUGGCAGCAAAUCUUGGUUACUCUUCCCACCGAAUACUCCACUAACAUCUACACGUAUACCAUAUGAGGAAUCAAGUGUUUAUUGUACAGAAAACUUUCACUCUCCAGAUUUGCGAAAUAUCUCACAAUUUAAAAAACUCGAAAGUUAUGCACAUAGAUGUAUUUUGAAUCCAGGAGAUGUACUUAUAGUUCCACAUCAUUGGUGGCAUUAUGCAGAAGCAGUUGAAACCUGCUUGAGCGUGAACUAUUGGGUUUCACUUAAAAAGGACAUAGAAAUACAACUUGAAGAAGCUAUAGUCAAAUAUAUCAUGGAAAGUUCUGUUAAGGACAUGUUUUUACCGGAAGCACAAUAUAUAUUUAAUCCAAAUCAGAUAUCAGAGACAAUAGAACAGGAUAUAUUAUGGAAUAAAAUGAAAUGGUUAUUAGAUAAAGCUUCGGCUUUAGAUGAUAACAAUAGCAGUCAAGAGAAUGAAACUUAUCACAAUUAUCAAUAUUUACCACAAUCCGAAAUUGAUCAAUAUUCAGAAAAAGGUUUAAAUGUAUAUAAAGUGCCAACAAUGACAGAUGGAGCGUUCAUGGACUUAAUAUCAGAGAACGCUAAGCGCUUCGACAUGCAGUUUGCGGACGAAAGUGACUCACCGUUACAUACGAUUAAAGAAAUUAUGCUUAAUAGCAUAUGCAGUGCAAAUGUGAUAAAAGUAAUAAAACUUGAAUUUUAUAGACGCUAUGCAGCUGAGUUGCUCAAUUAAGAUUCCAACUUAUUACUUUAGUUUAGUUUUAAAUGAUUGAUUAUGUAAAAUUAUAUACAUACUAUAUAUGUGAAUAUGCAUUUAUUUAAAUUUCAUUCAUCAUAAUUUCAAUAAUUCAAUAUAUAAUUUUCUUAACAAAAUACUUGCAAAUUGCUUUACAUUCGACAAUACACAAUACAAUUUUAUAUUUGUAACAACAAAAUUUAUUUAAAUUAAUACCAAAUAAUUUUAAAAGUUUUUAACCACAAU